AUGGCAGGAGCAUCACUUAUUUCUUCCUCUUGGUCUUCCAAUGUAUCAUCCAUUUCAGGGCCUAAAGUGUUCAUCAAUUUCGGUGGAAAGCAGCUAUGCCAAAAUUUCGUCAAAUGUCUUGUGCCUGCCUUGAUGGACCUAAACCUCAAUGUGUUUAUAGACGAGCUGGAGAAGAGGGGCAAACAUAUAUUCAGCCUAUUUGAUAGGAAAAGUGAGUCAAGAAUCGCGCUAGUCAUCUUCGCUGAGGGAUACACAGAGUCAAAAUAUUGUUUGGAUGAGCUGGUACAGAUCAAGGAAUGCAUGGAUCAAAAGAAUCUUAGAGUGAUUCCCAUCUUCUACAGGAUUGCUCCAGGAGUUGUGCAACUUCUUAAAGGAAAUUUUGGCGAUCAAUUCCGCGACCUGAUAGAGAGAUGUCAUCAUCAACCAGAAAGACAUCAGAAAUGGAUUGAAGCUUUGGCUUCUGUUUCCCAAUUGUUUGCCUUGUCCUUGCCAAAAUACAGUGAAAAAUCCGAUGAAGAUUUCAUAAAUUUAAUCAUCAAGGAGGUUGGGAAUAUGAGGUCGUAUACCUCGGUUCCUGCAAGGACACUCACUCACACUAUACACAAAGCAUCAAACAGUUCUAUUGUUCCUGCUUCUUCUUUUGUUGGGAGAUACUUGCCAAAGGACCCUCAAAUUUUCAUCAACUUCCGCGGAAUAAAAUUGCGCAAAAACUUCAUAAGCUUUCUCGCCGCUGCCUUGAGAGAUGCGAGAUUUAACGUCUUCAUGGACGAAGAUGAGCCUUUGGGGUCAGAUUUGGAUAACCUAUUUACGAGGAUAAACGAGUCUAAUAUCGCACUAGUGAUCUUCUCUAAGGAUUACACUACUUCAAAGUGGUGUUUGGAUGAGCUGGCCGAGAUUAAGAAAUGUAAGGACCAAGGUCAUCUAAGAGUGAUUCCCAUCUUCUACAAAAUUGAACCUCUCGUUGUGAAACAACUUAGGGGUAAAUUUGGAGAUGGAUUCAGGGAUAUGAAACGCAAUCAUCAGCACGAACCAGAAAGAACUCAGGAAUGGAAGGAUGCUUUAGUGUCUAUUCCCCUAAUAAAAGGCAUGUCCUUGCCGGAACAAAGUAACAUGACCGACAGAGAUUUUAUAAACUCAAUGGUCGACGAUAUUCAUUUGUUGUUGGAGCAUAUGGAGUCGGGCAGAUGAAACCUAGAAAGAAACAGAAUGAUGUAAUUCAAGACAUCAUCGUAACUUUGCGUACAUGAAACAAGGGUUUAUCUGUGUUUUAGUACUUCUUUUUGUCCCUUUUUUAUAGUAAACUUCUAUAUAUUAGAUAAGUGUACGU